CCCCUCUCCUCUGAGUGCAGACCUGAGGAACUCCACGAACUUGCUGCCUGUCUGUCUUCUCUCCUCACCAAGAGGAGCACUGCACGCCACGUUUGGGCACGGCACCACAACACAGCUGAGGCUUGGGGAGCCAAACCGUUUUUGAACGUCAGUUUUGGUGGAAAAGAUGACUGAGGCAGCAUACGAUGACUUCUUUGCAUUUUUCAAUGCCAGCGGCUAUGACGACGAGUUCAAAGGCAAUUACGUGGUGGAUCGGGCGGUGACGUUGUGCGACAAGACCGAAGUCAACCGAUUCGCGUCGCACUUCAUGCCCACGUUCUACUACGCCAUCUUCCUGCUCAGCCUCCUGGGAAACGGACUGGUGCUGUGCACCAUCUACAAGUACGAGAAGCUCAACACGGUCACCAACGUCUUCCUCCUGAACCUGGUCGUCUCCGACCUGGUGUUCUCGCUGAGCCUCCCGUUCUGGGCGAGCUACCACUCCUCAGAGUGGAUCUUCGGCGAGGCCAUGUGCAAGCUGGUGGGCGGCGUCUACUUCAUCGGGUUCUACAGCUCCAUCCUCUUCCUCACGCUCAUGACCUUCGAUCGCUACCUGGCCGUGGUCCACGCCAUCACCGCCGCCAAGCGGCGGCGCAUGGUCUACGCCCUGAUCUCCACGGUGACCGUUUGGGGCGUCAGCAUCCUGGCCACCGUCAAGGAGUUCGUCCUGUACGGCACGCGCCAGGACAGCCGGUACGGGAUUCUGUGCGAGGAGACCGGCCACAGCCAGGCGGUCCUGGUGAAGUGGCAGCUGGUGGGCUACUACCAGCAGUUCGUGCUGUUCUUCCUGCUGCCGCUGGGCAUCGUCCUGUACUGCUACGUGCGCAUCACCCUGAGGGUCGUGCACACGCGCAUGACGGAGAAGUGCCGGGCCGUCAAGCUGAUAUUCGUCAUCGUGGUGACCUUCCUCCUCUGCUGGACGCCCUACAACGUGGUCAUCCUCCUGCGGGCCCUGCGCGCGUCCUUCCGCGGCGACGACGCGGGGCCGUGCGAGGACGAGCUGGACUACGCGCAGUACGUCACGCGCAACCUGGCCUUCCUGUACUGCUGCGUGAACCCCGUCUUCUACACCUUCGUGGGCAAGAAGUUCCAGAGCCACUUCAGGAGGCUGCUGUCCAAGCGCAUGCCCUGUCUGAAAAGCCACAUACUGACGAGCCAGAGCAGCAGGACCACCUCGCACAGGAGCCCGCAGACCCUCUACGAGUACUAGUCGAGAUUUCUAAAAAAAUAAUAAGGAAAGCUGAAGUUUUAGCGCGGGUGUUCGUGUCAAAUUCUGCCAUCGCGAGAAGGUUUUCUGUAAAGCCACAUCCACAGCCUUUUGCGAAGUUCUCCCUGGAACUGCUGUGCACAUUGCAUUGCAUUAUUUUUGAGAUUUGCUUUGAAGCAGUUUUCAGCAGAACAUCACGUAUUAUGAUUGACUUUUUUUUUAAGAAUGUCGAGCCGUGUAGCUAUGAACCUUUUUUGUUGGAGGAAAGUUGUGGUGGUGGGGGGAGGGGGGGAGGGGGUGUCUGGAUGGGGGGGUGUCUGGAUGGCAAAGACAGAUAAAUUUGCACUCUGCCAUCAGUUUCAUAACUAUUGUUCCUGACUGUGCCGCUUGCUGUAUUGAAAAGAACAUUGCGGAGAAUACUGUAAAUACUGCAGCUUAGAUAGGGCUUUUCUCCAUAAAACAAAAUAUAUAUUUUUUAACUUCUGCAUUACAUUUUUGUAUUUUGCUAAAAUGCCUCUGCAAAAAAUAGAAGGCAAGCAGCAUUUAAUCACUGCAUUUUCAAACAAGUGUAAAUAAAUGAGCGUGUUUUCAUCUUUGCAAAAAUUGUAUUAAAAAAAGUAUAUGAAAUCAA